AUGACUUCUUUAAAAUUGAUAUUGUUUAUUCUUGCAUAUAUUGUAAUAAAUGUCAAAGGAAUAUGUGACCGUCAAAGUGGUCCAGUUGGAAGUAUCGAAUGUUCUUUCAAUCCAGAUUUCGAUAAAAAACAAUGGAAUACUUGCCUUACAAACAAUUAUAUCCAACGGCAAUCACAAGGACGAGAAAAGUGUGCUGAUCAAACAGAUAUUUAUUGUACGUAUGCAUGUAUGCCUGAAGUAUAUUACGUAAGAGAUGGCAACGUAGUUGACACAUGUGCUUGUAACGAUUCAUUAGUACCACCGACUUCUUCAUUACCUACUGAAUGUUUGAGUCCUGAUGGAUCGAAUUGUGAUUGGUACAAAAAUUGUCUCGAACGUAAAUAUUCAUGUCAAGGUAGUUCAACUGAACAUCUUUUCAUGUAUACCACAAUCUUCUGUAAUCUAUACAUAAAACAUAAAAAUGUAUUUACUGAUCGGGCACUACGUUGGAUCAAUGAUGGACGUAAAUGCUUACAAGUAGCUCUUGUUCCGUUUAUUCGACCAUUUGUUAAUGGAACUUGUCAAGAAAUUCAUGAUGCAGCAUUUGAUGCAUUCAAAUCUUGCAAUAUUAAACCUUAUCCAGAAGAAGGAUCAAUUUGUGAUAUGACCAGACGAGAUUGGUUACGAGCAUUUUGGAUGAUGAAAUCAGAAUAUAGUGUAUUGACAUCAACAGCAGCUUAUGCUUGGUUACAAAAUGCACUCGAUACUUUCUAUGAAUGUCAAAAUGAUCCGCAAGCAAAUGAUUUUGGACAUGUCUAUCAAGAAUUUAAACUUACAAUUGAUCUUAUUCAAACAUCAUGGAAUAAUCAAAUCAAUUUAAAUAAAAAUCAAUUUGAUCAAAUUGCAGUCGAUAUUGCCCAUAGAAUUGCUAAAUUUCUCAUGGCACCAUCAGAACGAUGGGGAUGGUAUGCAUAUGGAAUACCUUUAUCAAUACAACGUAGUAUUAGUACAUAUAAACAAAUGACUAUUGCACUACUUGUUGCUGACUUGCCUGGAAUCAUCAAUGAUACAUUGAUACCACCCAGUUCACCAUAA